UUUAAGCUAAUCUUCCUUUUAUUAAGUAACUUAUUGCUCAAGUUACUUAACCUUCAAGCUUACUCCAACAUCAGCCUCAUGCAAAACGGCUUGGAUCCAAACCAUGCUUCAAUUAAUUUCAAUUUUAACCGAUCUUACGAAGAAUGAUAUAAUCCCACAACGUGCCUUGCCGUUGACCUUUUCCUUAAACUCCGGAAAAAAAAACAGAGAACAAAAAGUUAUUGUAAAGCAGAAGAAUCCAAGAUCAAUCAAUCAAUCAUCUAUUGUUGAUCAAAAUGGAAGCUCAAAAUAUCUUUCUCUAUCUUUUAAUCGUCUUUCUAUCUCUACAUUUUGUGUUUGCAACUCUGAAAGGACGGCUGAGUCCGGCUAAUACACGGCGGCUUAUCCGCCUUCUCCAUCUCCCGAUCAAAUCACCAGCCGCCGCUGCUAUUUUCGCCAGAAAAGACAUCCGUGAGUUUCUUGAUUCAUCAAUCAAAUUAGUAAACGAAGAAGAUGAUUUCGGCUUCAACUUCGAUUUCAAACCAUACAUGAUCAACAAAGCAGAGACAAUAAACAGAGCAUUAGACGAAGCCAUUCCACUCAUUGAGCCUCUCAACAUCCACAAGGCAAUGCGUUACGCGAUUCUCGCCGGAGGCAAACGUGUCAGGCCAAUACUCUGCCUCGCUGCGUGUGAGCUAGUCGGCGGGGAAGAGCGUUUGGCGAUUCAAGCGGCUUGUGCGGUUGAAAUGAUCCACACAAUGUCACUCAUCAAAGACGAUCUUCCUUGUAUGGAUAACGACGAUCUCCGGCGAGGCAAACCAACAACACACAAAGUAUUCGGAGAAAGUGUAGCUAUUCUCUCCGGCGGCGCACUUUUAGCUCUAGCUUUCGAGCAUUUGACGGAAGCUGACGUGUCUUCCAAGAAAAUGGUUCGAGUCGUUAAAGAAUUGGCUAAGUCUAUUGGAACGAAAGGACUUGUGGCGGGACAAGCGAUGGAUUUAAGCAGUGAAGGGCUGGAUCCAAACGACGUCGGAUUGGAGGAUCUUGAAUAUAUUCACGUUCAUAAAACCGGUGCGUUGCUCGAAGCAUCAGCGGUUAUCGGAGCGGUUAUUGGCGGUGGAUCAGAGGAAGAGAUAGAGAAGGUGAGAUACUUUGCGAGGUGUAUUGGCUUGUUGUUUCAGGUUGUUGAUGAUAUCUUGGAUGAGACCAAGUCCUCGGAGGAAUUGGGAAAAACCGCCGGAAAAGAUCAGGUCGCCGGAAAGCUGACGUAUCCGAAAGUGAUGGGUCUUGAGAAAUCUAAGGAGUUCGUGAAGAAGUUGAAGAGAGAAGCUAAAGAACACAUUCAAGGGUUUGAUUCUGACAAAGUGAAACCUUUGAUAGCUCUUACUAACUUCAUUGCCAACAGAAACAACUGAAAUUUUUGUUUGCUAUAUCGCUAAACAACUUACGUGAAGAAGAUGUUAUAUAAUGUAAUCAAAAUAUAUAGUAAUGUGACUAACAAAAUAUAUAAGUUUCUUAAUUGGGUGCUUGUAGUUUGAAGUUUAUAAUUACGUUUGUGUUGUAAUGUACUGUAUUCUGAUUUCGGGUUUGAUUUGUCCUUUAUUUUUCUUGAA